CUCAAUCAACAUUUAUCAGAUGACAAAUUUGGAAAGAUAAAACGAAAUAGAAAAUAUUUUAAGGCUGAAGAUCAAAAAAUAUUGAUUCGUUUUGUUUGAAUCCAAGAUGGACUUACUAUCGAAACCAAUAAGCGAGAUAACCCCAGUAGCUCCAAUAGUUUGCAUUAACGACCCAGAUAAAAUCGAAGAGCAAAUAAAACUGGACAUCUGCGAUGGGAAUGAGUGCAAGUUGCUUCGCAGUGAUAUAGAAAUAAUGAAAGCCGAUUAUGACAACUGGGAUCACAUUUUUAAGGACAUGCGGAUGAAGGUGAACUUUGAGAUCAUUAUAUGGGAAAGGGCCUAUAAAGUCGUUUGCGAACUGCUGGAAGAAAACAAAGUCGAGGCGAAUGUUAUUAAAGGCGAACAUGUUCAGUAUGUGAGACUUACGCAUAAACCCAUCGAAUCGGUUUGUAUUAAAGAAGACACCAGAAAGGGUUUCACGAGCUUCACCUUGCCCCAAGCCUCUACCUGGAUUCAGAAGAAAAUCCUUGAUCUUAAGAUAUCAUUGGGGAAAGUAGAAAAUGAUCAGCAGUUUAUAAAUGCUCAAAGGGAGAGAAUCACCUCAAUAGAAUCGUGUUUAACGGAAAGGGAAAACUUGCUAGCUCAAAACAGCAUAGUUUUUGAAAAACUAAAAGAAAUUGAAGCUAAUUUAGACAAGGAACCCCAUGCGAUUUCUGUAGGCCAGCAGGAUUGGGACAAAGAAUUCAGGGAGUUUAUGUCCGAAGUUGAAAAGGAUAAUGCUGUACUAAGCCAAAUGACUGAUGAUAUUUUGCUUUUGUCGAAUAAACUUUCGGCUCUCCGGUCUGAAAAUUUAACGGAUUCCAUCGUCAAUGGUGUUAGAAAAGAAAUAAAUCAGCUUCUUUUGCGAUUGGGAGGGAACACACCAGCGAAGGCAGCUUAUGCACCUAAAACCCCGAUUAAAGUUCUUUCCAACAAUAAUAAUUCAAAUAAAAAUGAUUCAGGUGAAAAUAAUUCGAUUCAAAUCGAUUCCACUAAAAUUAAUAAAACAAUAACUCAUUCGAAAAAAAAUAAUUCUAAGCAUAUCGAUUUGGCUCAAAAAAGCUUAACUACGAAUAACACGAAUAAACUCGGUUCUGAAAAUACUUUGAUUAAAAAAUAUUUUACCAAAAUCCAUUCGACUGUAGAGUCGACUGAAAAUGAUUUAAACAAAAUAAAUUCCACCAGAAGCGAUACCACUAAAAUCGAAAAGUCUGAAAAUAACAUAAUUCAAGUUGAUUCCAUCGAAACUAAAUUAAAAAAGAGCGAUUCUUCUAAAAACGAUUCAAUAAAAUUCGAGUCGUUUAAAAAUCUUAAGAAAAAAAAAACAACUCAGUAUGCGACAAAAAUCGAUUCGACUGAAAAUGAUCCAAAUGAAAUCGGUUCUACUGAAAAUGAUUCCAUUAAAAUAGAUUUGGGUAAAAAUAUGUUAAAAGCAAAUUCGGAAGAAAAUAAUUCGGAUAAAAAAACUUAUACUGGAAAUAAUUUGUAUAAAGUUGAUUUCCCUAAAAAUGAUUUGACUGAUGAUGAUUUGAAUAAUAGCGUUUUAACUAAACAAAAAUCGAUAAAAAUAACGUCGAUUGAAAAAGAUUUAAGUUGCAUUAAUUCGGGUGAAAGUUAUUCCAUUAAAAUCAAUACGGAUGAAAAUGUAAUAAAAUUAAAUUCGGAAGAAAAUGGUUCAAAUAUAAAUAACUCUUCUGAAAGUAAAUUUGAUAAGGUCGUUUCCGCCGAAAAUACUUUGAGUGAUGAUGAUUUGUUUGAAAUCGAUUUGACUAAACAAGAAUCUAUACAAAAUGAGUCGGUUGAAAAAGAUUUAAGUUGCAUCGAUUCGCCUGAAAACAAUUUCAUUAACAUUAAAACGACUGAAAAAAGAUAUAUUAAAAAUGAUUCGACAGCAAAGGAUUUUAUUAAUAUCGAUUCUACUAAAUACUAUUCCUUUGAGAUAGACUCACCUAAAAAUGAUUGGGAAAGAAAACCAGACCAGCAUGAUACUGCGGACACAAAGACUAUCCAAGAUGAAAAGUUUUUAGAGAAAAAUAUAAAACAAAACCAAAAUGAUUUUUACCAAGAGGAAUGCAAGACAAAAUGUGAAGAUGAAACAAACAAUUACUUGCAAGGAAAAUAUAAAUCAAAUCGUAAAAAAGAUGAAUCCAAUAAAUAUUAUUGUCAGGAGGAAUGCAUACCAAGCUGUCCAGAUAAUACAAACAAUGGCAGCGGUGAUUCGAUUAUGAGUAAUCUUAAUGUUGAUGCAGAAAAUAAGAUUAAUCUCAGUCAAGCAUUUGAUAAUUCUUUACAAAAGUUGAUGGAAAUGCUGAGCUUGUACUCAGUUAAAUCUAUCGAAGGAAAUGAUUCUUCUACAAAUAAUUCCAAGAAAAUCGAUUGUUUUAAAAAAAUCGAUUCCACCGGAAAUGAUCUGGAUAAAAACGAUUUGAGUGAAAAUUGCCAAAAACCCCACUUUAAUGAAAAAGAAUUAAAUAAAAUUACUUCGACUAAAAAUGAUUCCAUUAAUUUAACUGAAAAUGAUUUGGAAACUAAAGCAGAUCUGUUUGCUAAUAAAAAGAUUCUUGAAAACCCGGUGAAGCAGCAGAAAAAAAAUUAUUUAGAUUAUUCCGAAAUGGGUACAAAAGGUGAAGUUGAUCUAUUCAAUGAAUUUCCUGAUUCUAAUGAUAAUUUUAAUUAUGAUGUACCAAAUAUAAAAAUGGAGGAAUCUAACAUUGAGCUUCAUCAAUUGGUGGAUAAUUCCCUACAAGAGUUGACAGAUCUUCUAAGCGAGCAUAAACUUGACGAUACAGAAAGUGAGAGUACCUCAAAAAUAUAUUCUGAGGAAUGUAAUACCAAUGACAUUGAUAUAAACAUUGAGUUUUGCUCAAAAACACCUAAAGAACAACAUAAACACAGUGAUGAGUAUUUAAAAGAUAUGAAAUUUCUUAUACAAUCUGAAGCACUUUCUGACGAAUUUAUUUUAAAGUACUCUAAAAAAUAUUUAGAAGAUGUUUCUCUACAAAAUCAAGGCGAACGUGAAGACGAUUUAACCUUAGUCAACGUUUCUCUAGAUAAAGUUUAUAAUAAGUUUGAACAUCCUGAAAAGCAGGGCGAAAUUGGUGACGACUCAACGAAACUUCAUACAUGUUAUAAUUUUGAUCAACCCGAAUAAAAAUAUGGAUUGGAAAGAGAUCAAGAUUCUUAUUCCAAAAUACUAUGCAGAUACUAAUGUGAGCAUCAUUCACCUGUAAAUGCAACCCGUUUUCUUAUGAUGCCCAAUUUUAUAAUUCCAUUACUAAUUUUGAACUUCCUGAAAAGCAAGACGACUCAUCACGACUUUAUAUAUUUUACUAUUUUCAUAGGCCCGUCUUAAAAUGUGGAUUGAAAAGCGAUUAAGAUAUUUCCAAAAAAAUAUGCAAAUAUGAAU